CCAACUCACUGCCGCACUGCCACGCUCCACAUUGAAGUGGUAAUACUGCCAACUUAAUCUGAGUUUCUUCCUCACCGAUACUUCCCCUUAGAUAUAUUUCUUCAUAUAUUUCGAGCCCAGAAUUUGGCUGGCUUUUCCCCUUUAUCUCCUAACUUUUGGAUUGCCAUGCACAAAUUAUUAUUCCCAUCAUUUCUCCAUCAAAACCCAAACUUCAAUCAAAAGCCUCAACGCCAACAAUGUGUUCUCCUCCCGAGAACCCGCCGUAUGCAAUUCCAUUGGCACAGGCAAAGCAACAAGUAUCUACCAUGCUAUUGUCGUGGUACGAUGGUGUAGCUCUUCAGCCAAAUAAUCUCUGGGUCGCUCAAAUCUACGAUAAUCAUAAUCUUAUAUUGUUGGGAACGUUCGGGUCCGAAAUAUCUGCAGCCCGAGCUUACGAUAGUGCCGCCAGAAAACUCUACGGUAGUGACUUCUUCCGUAACCUUCUUUUAACGAAUGUCACCAUUCAUGAACCCAGUUUUCAGAGCUUGCACACCAAAGAAGCCAUCAUUGAUAUGAUUAGGGAUGGCUCUUAUGAACCUAAGUUCAUUGAGUUCGUUUGGAUUCACCACCCAAACUUCCGCUAUAGCGGCUUUGUUGCAUGGCCUACUUCUUCGGACACCCUCCAUGGGUUCCUUUUUAAGGAAAUGUUUCAUAAAGAGCUAAUUUUAACUGAUAUGGAGAAUAAGGAAGAAUUGGUUUUACCCUAUCAAGCUUUAUUUUACUUUCAAACAUUGAAUUCCAAAACAGAUGAAGCAUGGCUUGAGUUUAAAGAUAAAAGGAAUCGGAAAUGGGCUUUUAAAUGUUGUUGCCGGAGUAAUAAUUAUAGCUACAUACUCACUGCAGGUUGGGACACGUUUGCGAAUGAAAUGGAGCUUUGUGUUAAUGAUAUUGUUGUCUUCUAUAGAUCUAGGGAUUGGGGAAGAUGUCCUACCAAAAUUUUUUAUAUGGUUGACAUCAUCCGGGGUGUCAGAAAUAGUGAUAAGCAAUGGCGGCUCGCUUGAGGCUAGCAUUCAUCCAAACGAUUGAAUGCUAUACAUUCAGUGUGUUAUUUCUCUUCAAAGAUAUUGAAAUCCUUUUCUAAAAUUUUUUGUUUAGAAAAAAAAUUAGGUUUUAUCUGAAUUAAUUUGAAGGAUUAAUUUUAUAAUGUAAUUAGUACUCGAGAAUUAUAAUCUUUUUUAUGAUGGGUGCAAAGU